CCGGUUCACGUGACGCGCGGGCGCAGUGUGAGCUCACGUGACGCACGCCGGGGUCUCCUUUCUGCGCGGGCGCCGCCGGCUGCGAUCUCCGACCCCCCGCGCGCCGCCCGCCCCCCCCCCCCCCCCCCCGGCCCGACCCCAACCGCCCCGCGCCCAUGGCGGCCUCCGGCGGCGCCCGGCCCGGCCUCCUGCUGCUGCUGCCGCUGCUACUGCUGCUCGGCCCGCCGCCCGCCGCGUGUGCCCGGUUCGAGCUGGAGGAGGCCGGGGAGACCUGCGUGCUGGCUGACUUCGCUGCCGCCUUCUCGGUCACCUACGACACCCUGCGGGGACCCCAGAUGGCGACCCUGCGGCUGCCGCCCGCCGCCCGCGUGCUCAACAGCAGCUCCUGCGGGGACGCGGCGUCCGGGCCCCGCCUGGUCCUGGGCUGGGGGCCCGGGCACGCGCUGACCCUGCGCUUCGCGCGGAACGUCACCCGCUACGGCGUGCGCGCCCUGGGCCUGGCCUACAACCUGGCGGACGCCGCCGCCUUCCCGAACGCCAGCGCCAAGGAGACCAGGGUCGCGGCCGCCGCCACCGACCUGAGCGCGGACGUGGACACGAAGUACCGCUGCGAGAGCCCGCGCCGGGUGCUCCUGCCCAACGUGACCGCCACGCUCAGCGCCGCCACCAUCCAGGCCUACCUGAGCGGCCGCCGCUUCAGCACACAAGAGACGCGCUGUCGGCAGGACGGGCCCGCGCCCACCCCGGCCCCCGCGGUGCAGAAGUUCAACGUCAGCGGCGCCAACGGGACCUGCCUGCUGGCCAGCCUGGCGCUGCAGCUGCACGUCACCUACCAGCACAAGGACAACGCGACAGCUGAGGGCGUCUUCAACAUCAGCCCCAACCAGACCACGGCCAGGGGCACCUGCUCGCCCCGCCUGGUGACGCUGCAGCUGCAGAGCCCGGGCGUCUCCGAGCUGGAGCUGAGCUUCGCCCUGAACGCGACUUCCAGCCGCUUCUUUCUGCGCGGGGUCCAGCUCACCAUGACGCUCCCUGACGCCAGAGACCCCACCUUCAGGGCCGCCAACGGCUCCCUGCGGGCUCUCGAGGCCUCCGUGGGCAGGUCCUACCGCUGCAACGCGGGGCAGCAGGUGCGUGUGACGGCGGCCCUCAGCCUCCACCUGUCCCACGUGUGGGUGCAGGCGUUCCGGGUGGACGGCGGCCAAUUCGGGGCAGCAGAGGAGUGCGCCCUGGACGAGAACAGCAUGCUGAUCCCCGUGGCCGUGGGCGGCGCCCUGGCCGGCCUGGUCCUCAUCGUGCUGGUCGCCUACCUCAUCGGCCGCAGGCGCAGCCACGCCGGCUACCAGACCAUCUAGGCCGCCCCCGCGGCCAGGUCACCCGCUAAACCGCUAACGGUCGGUCCGCUAACUGGCUUGACCUCGACAUUCACCAAAGCGGGGCUCACGGGGCCUCCGCCUCCCUGCAGGAGACCUCCCCUCAGCCCCGGCGCUCGGCGGGCGGGCGGCUUCUGCAGUGAGCCCCUGCCCAGUCGAAACUGGCGUCCCUUCCCGUGUGGGGGGACAGCUGCUCCUCCCUGUGGGGGUGGGCUUCUCCACGUGCUGCUCCUCCAUCCCGCUGGGUGUUGUCGCCCCCUCCUCCCUGUGGGGCUGUCCUCUCCCCCUCCCCGCCCCCCUUCUCCACCCCUCCCUCCCUCCCCGUGGGUGUGGGGCUCUGCGCUGUACAGUAGUUGGCUGGGCUGGGCUGAGGGCCCUGCUGGACGUUAAUAAACCGUCUUUCUUGUUUGUGG